UGUUUUGUUUGUUUUGAUUCCGAACCGGACUGCCACGGUCGCGCAAGUGCUAAUAGUGAAACUCGCACAUAAAAGUUCAAGAAAACUGCAACUUUUUAAAUUUUAAUUGUAAUCAAAUUAUCUUAACAAGAAUGGAAACCUGCAGUAAAAAAACAAAAAUUUCUGAUAAAGAGCGAUUAGCGCUCGCUGCACAGCUCGAUAAAGAUUUGGAUCAGUUUAUCGAUUCUUUGGAGAAACGCAGAUACACGGAAGGGUGGCCCGAGGAUCGAUGGGAAGAAGAAAUGGCUAAGCAUCCGUUCUUCAUGCGCAAGGCACCAGAACCAGGCGAAGAACUGAGUCCUUUGAUGGAAGGUUUACAGCAAUUAAAGUACGAUCCUGCGGAGAACACUGCUCAGGAGUUAGCAGAGGCUUAUAAGGAUGAUGGUAAAUUUUACAUGCAGCACAAAAUAUUCCGAUUGGCUGUCCUAAGCUACACGGAAGCACUAAGCUUUGGGGUCACUGAUCCAGAAUACAAGGCCGUGCUGUAUAACAAUCGAAGUGCAGCUAAUUAUUUUUUAAAGAAUUAUCGUUCUGCAAUGAUAGACGCACAGAAAGCACUGGAUUUAAAACCAGAUUAUGACAAAGCUCUUUGGAGGGUUGCUCAAUGUGCUGGUAUAUUGGAUAAAUUCGAUGUAUGCAUCGAACGAUGCGACGAGAUCCUACAAAAGGAUCCAACCAACUCUCUAGCCUUGGAUCUGAGGAAAAGCACGUUGGCGAAAAAAGUAGCCCAGGAAAGAGAUGCUCGUAAGGUAGCUCAACUGGAACGCCGAAAGCAGGAACAAUUGGAGAGGACACUGGACGCUUUGAAAAAACGUGAAGUGCAAUUCGAAGAACGGGAUGCGUUAACUAAUGAAAAACGCCUGAAGCCCAGGUUGGCUCCACUGGAGGAUUUCAUGGUGAAGGCUGACAGCAAUGGGGUACUGCAUUGGCCAACGGUUUUUUGCUACCCACAGUUUUUGAGCACCGAUUUCCAGCAACAACUAUCCGAAGAGUGCACUAUGGAAGACGUGCUGAUCAACCUGUUUGAAGAGCCGUUGGAACUUGACAAAGAAGGCGAGUAUUUUCCACACAAGCUGAAUGUGUACUAUGAAAACCGAUUGGCCGGCCGUGUGCACAAGGUUGAUAUCAAAAAGGCCAUAAAAGAUAUUGUACGAGAGAAGACAUUCUAUGUCUACGAUGGAACUCUGGCAUUCUUUAUCCUUCCAAAAGAUUCGAAAUACGAGACGGAAUUCCUGAAUCAAACUCGAGUACCGCUACGUUUAAAAUAGUGAAAACGGUUUUAUACACAUACGUAUGGGUAAGUAUAAUAAAAACAAUAUUCAUAGAAGAAACGAAAA